AUGGCUAGUUCAAGUGCAAGUGGAAGUUCAAAUUCUCCUUCUCCAUCACCUAAUCCCAAUGCCCCUGCUGCUGCUGGCAGUGCACAAGUUGAUCCCAAUCCUUCUGACGAGAGAUUGCGUAAAACUCCUCUGUGGAGGCAUGUUAAAUUACUUGAAAAGAAUGCUUCUUCUGGAGGAAAUGCAAAAUCUCAGUGCCUGUAUUGUGAUCACAUUAUUCCUGGGAGUUACUUUAGACUCAAGGAGGAGUGUUCCCAUGCCAGUGCAGCUCUCUGCCUCAGCAUCAUCCUCUGGAUUGUUGCCGCCAAUAGGAAAUGUGAAAACACUGAAGGAAAGGCAAAGACCAAGGAGUACAUUUCUGCCCUCUUGAUUCAGGUUAUUGAAAAGGUUGGAUCAAAUAAUGUAGUUCAGGUGGUCACUGACAAUGCAGCAAAUUGCAAAGCUGCUGGUUUGAUUAUUGAAGCAAAGUACAGCAACAUCUUUUGGACUCCCUGUGUUGUCCACACUUUGAAUUUGGCAUUGAAAAAUAUUUGUGCUGCAAAGAAUGAUGAAGAUGAAAAUCCAGAACUUAAAUGGAUAAGUGAUAUUGUCGGGGAUGCUCUCCAAAUUAAGAAUUUUAUCAUGAAUCAUGGCAUGAGGCUGUCAAUAUUCAAUUCAUUUAGUAAGCUCAAGUUCCUAGCUAUUGCAGACACAAGAUUUGCAUCUGUCAUUGUUAUGUUGAAGAGGUUUCUUCUUCUCAAGGACUCGCUUAUACAGAUGGUAAUCAGUGAUAAGUGGAGAACAUAUAGAGAAGAUGAUCAGGAAAAGGCCAAUUUUGUGAGACAGAAGGUGCUUGAUGACUAUUGGUGGGAUCAAGUAAAAUACAUCAUUGAUUUCACUGAUCCCAUUUACUCAAUACUAAGGGCAGCAGAUACUGAGAAGCCUUGUCUGCACUUAAUUUAUGAAAUGUGGGACAGCAUGAUAGAGAGAGUAAAAACUGUUAUUUACCGGAAAGAAGGGAAGGGGCCGCUGGAUGAAUCUGAGUUUUUCAAUAUUGUCAAUGACAUUUUACAAGAUCGUUGGCUCAAAAGCAACACCCCACUCCAUUGUUUGGCACACUCUCUUAACCCUAGGUACUAUAGUGAACAAUGGCUUUCAGAAGACCCAAACCGUGUAGCCCCACAUAUGGAUCCGGAAAUUUCAGAAGAGAGAAACAAUUGCCUUAGGAAGCUUUUUCCAGAGCUUAGGAGAGUUAAACAACAGUUCGCUGAUUACUCACUGAAAAGAGGCAUCUUUAGUUUACCUGAUUCAAUUGAUGACAGAGCUCAUUUUGAUCCACUGCAAUGGUGGGGCAUCUAUGGGUCUAGGACCCCAGAGUUGAAAGAAUUAGCUUUUAAGCUGCUUGGGCAGCCAGCUUCUUCUUCUUGCUGCGAGAGAAACUGGAGCACAUACAGUUUUAUCCAUAACAUGAGAAGAAACAGGCUCACACCUGAACGUGCUCAGGAUUUAGUGUUUGUGCAUAACAACUUACGUCUUCUUUCAAGGUGCAGUGAUGAAUCUCUCACAGGGCCAACACAAAUGUGGGAUGUUGGGGGAGAUGGCUUUGAGACAUUUGAUGGUGUCGGUAUUCUUCAAGCUGCUAAUCUCACUUUGGAUGAGCCGGAGUUUGAGGUUAUGAUUGCAGAAGAUGAUUGAACUUUAGCAUGAAGAGAUAGCCUG